UAGUAUAUAACCAAAAACAUAAGCCCGAGGUUUUCAUUUAGGGUUUACUUACGCCGUUCGCACUUCGCAGUCUUUGGAAGCAAAUUGAAGCAGCUGCCGCAAUGGGUCCAAAGAAAGGUGGAAAGCUCCCAGUCGCAGCUUCUAAGAAGAAGCCGGAGAAGGUGGUGAACCCACUGUUCGAGAAGCGCCCGAAGCAGUUCGGGAUCGGAGGGGCGUUGCCUCCGAAGAGGGAUCUGACCCGAUUCGUCAAAUGGCCCAAGGCUGUUCAGAUUCAGAGGAAGAAGAGGAUCCUCAAGCAGAGGCUCAAGGUCCCACCAGCUCUCAAUCAGUUCACCAAGACCCUUGAUAAGAACCUCGCUACAAGCCUGUUCAAGAUGCUUCUGAAGUACAGGCCUGAAGACAAAGCCGAGAAGAAGGAGCGUCUUUUGAAAAGGGCCCAGGCAGAGACUGAAGGAAAGACUGUUGAAGCCAAGAAGCCUAUUGUUGUGAAGUACGGUCUCAACCAUGUCACCUACCUCAUUGAGCAGAACAAGGCCCAGCUUGUGGUUAUCGCUCAUGAUGUCGAUCCAAUUGAGUUGGUUGUAUGGCUCCCUGCUCUAUGCAGGAAGAUGGAGAUCCCCUACUGCAUUGUGAAGGGCAAAGCACGUUUGGGAGCGAUUGUUCACCAGAAAACUGCCUCAGUCUUGUGCCUGACGACGGUCAAGAAUGAAGACAAAAUGGAGUUCAGCAAGGUCUUGGAGGCUAUCAAGGCCAACUUCAAUGACAAGUAUGAGGAAUACAGGAAGAAGUGGGGUGGUGGCAUCAUGGGUUCCAAAUCGCAGGCCAAGACCAAGGCAAAGGAGAGGCUCCUUGCCAAGGAAGCUGCUCAAAGAAUGACUUAAUUUUGGUCACGGUGUAUUGUGAUUUUACUUAGUUUAUGCUUCUGAGUAUCUACUGGAUUUCUUAUUGUAGCAGAGAUUUUGUUUCCUUUUAUCAAAUGCAGCUUUGCUUGAAGAGAUUUGGUAUUAAGACGUAUGACCUGAAAGCUGCAACUGUUUGUGUUAGACUUAAUGGACAAGUUUUUGCCUACGGUAUACCAUGUUGGGUUUUCUGCUUUGGCAAGAAUUUAUUUGUUCCCCAUUUUAUAUGUUUUAAAACUUUUGAGGUUGCCUAUGUUAGAUUAAUUAUUUUCA